AGGCUGGAGGAGUUGGUGCUGAGCGCCAAUCAGAUCAGGGAGGUCACUGCCGCCAAUCUGCCCCCGACUCUCAAGGCCCAACCUCGUGUCCCUGGACCUGAGCUUCAACGACCUGGUAGACCUGCAAGGCAUGGUCGCCAGCCUCAGCACCCUGCCCUGCCUGCGGCUCCUGGUGCUUCAGGGGAACCCGCUGGCCCUGGUCCCCUACUACCGGGGCUUCACCAUCGACAGCCUGGCCCGGCUCUGCGUGCUGGACGACGUCACCGUGUCUCCCACCGAGAAGUACCAGUUCCGGGGCCUCCGCAACAGGGGAGACCUCUUGGCACCUGAGGCACAGCUCGUGGUGACCAUCGGAAACCUCGGAGGGGUCCCGGACACCUCGGUCUUGGACCCGGAGCCGGGCCCGCAAGGCCCCAUCAUCUCGUACAGCUACUACGUGACCUACGACUUCGUGGAGGACGAAGAGAGCGACAGGGACGAGUACCUGGAGGAGCUGGCCGAGGUCUUCAAGCGCUCGCCCAGCCAGGAGCAGCCGGGCCAGGAGGCCACCGAGCAGGCUGCGGGCUCCGCCGAGUCCGCGCCCCCGUCCGCGUCCCCGUCGGCCGAGCUGGAGGGGUCCCUGGGCUCCGCCGCGUUUUCGUCCCCGGCCGGGUCGGCGGACUCCGCACAGGAGCUGGCCAAGCUGCGGCCGAGGGUCGACCCCCGGCUCUUCCCGUCCCCGGGAACGGUCCUCUUCAGCACCUCCCGCAAGCCCUGGGCAGACGUCAUCUCCUGCAACUAUGAGAUGCAGCACACGCUCAGGGGCCUGGUGCCACUCAAGGCCUUCCUGCUGGCGGGGACCACGGUGACCAUCGUGGAGGAGAAGAUCCUGUCGUGGCCUGAGGUGCCACCUCCCGUGGACAGUCCCUUGCCUGCCAAGAAGGAAAAAGGGGAGAACAAGAAAGAGAAAGAGGAGACAGGCCAGAAGGGGCAAGACGGGAAGGACAAGGCCUCCACAGGGAAGAAGGAGACGACAAAGGAACAGAAGGGGUCCAAGAAGAAGAGAGACCUUCCCAAGGACCUCCACCAGGACCCACCCAUCCUGAGGGUGCUGGGCAGCAGCUCGGUGGUCCUGGAGCCGCUGCUGGUGGGCGAGUCCCUCGUGUCCACCCUCUGCAACUUCGGGGUGACCCGCACCUUGGAGUCCGACAGGCUGACAUUCCUCAGGGACUCCAGGAAUAAGAAAGCCAAAAAACCUCUGGAGCCGGGGAGGCCCAAGAACAAGGCGCAGGCGGCAGGCCCCGCCAUGUUCCACAGGCUGGGCUGGCUGGUCCUGUACAGCCUGGCCGUGCUGCUGCUCAGCUGCCUGCUCCUCCUGAAGAAGGAGGCCGAGCCUGCGGGAGCCCGCCAGCCCUUCUGGGCUCCCCCGGGGCCCCGCCACAGCCCGUGUCCACCCAACCACACAGUGGCCAAUGCCUCCCUAUCCCUGCCCAGCCGUCACCGCCUCUUCUUGACCUAUCGCCACUGCCGCAACUUCUCCAUCUUGUUGGAGCCUUCAGGCUGUGCCAAGGAUGUCUUUCUGCUCCUGGCCAUCAAGUCACAGCCUGGCCACGUGGAGCAGCGUGCAGCCAUCCGAGGCACAUGGGGACGGGCAGGGGACUGGGCUAGGGGCCGGCAGCUGAGACUGGUGUUCCUUCUCGGGGUGGGGGGACCUGCACCCCCAACCCAGCUGCUGGCCUACGAGAGUCGGGAGUUUGGUGACAUCCUGCAGUGGGACUUUGCUGAGGACUUCUUCAACCUGACCCUCAAGGAGCUGCACCUGCAGCGCUGGGUGGCAGCUGCCUGUCCCCAGGCACACUUUGUGCUAAAGGGAGAUGACGAUGUUUUUGUCCAUGUCCCCAAUGUCUUGGAGUUCCUGGAUGGCUGGGAUCCAGCCCAGGACCUCCUGGUGGGAGAUGUCAUCCGCCAGGCUCUACCUAACAGGAACACCAAGGUCAAAUACUUCAUCCCACCCUCCAUGUACAGAGCCCGCCACUACCCGCCCUACGCUGGGGGUGGGGGGUAUGUCAUGUCCAGAGCCACUGUGCAGCACCUCCAGGCAGCCGUGGAAGAGGCCGAACUCUUCCCCAUUGACGACGUCUUCGUGGGCAUGUGCCUGAGGAAGCUGGGGGUGAGCCCCGUGCACCACGCCGGCUUCAAGACGUUCGGCAUACGGCGGCCCCUGGACCCCCUGGACCCCUGCCUGUACAGAGGGCUGCUCCUGGUGCACCGCCUCAGCCCCCUGGAGAUGUGGACCAUGUGGGCACUGGUGACAGAUGAGGGGCUCAAGUGCACAGCUGCUCCCUUGUCCCGGCUCUGAGGGAUGGGCUGAGUUUCCUCUCAUGAGAAAUCAACGAACUUGAAACUUGACCUGUGACCAUCUAUAGGAAAUGCUUAGUUUUGGUAAGCUGCUCUCAACUUUUCCAACUUUGAUUAAAAACACUGC